UGGCCGGGUUUGCUGGGUGAGAAGCAGCGCAGUCCGAUUCAUCCCGGUACGGGGAUGGCGUCCCCAAGGGAACUGACCCAGAAUCCCCUGAAGAAGAUCUGGAUGCCGUACAGCAAUGGGCGGCCCGCUCUGCACGCCAGCCAGCGUGGUGUGUGCAUGACCAACUGCCCAACACUCAUCAUCAUGGUGGGCCUGCCCGCCAGGGGCAAGACCUACAUCUCCAAGAAGCUGACCCGCUACCUCAACUGGAUCGGUGUGCCUACUCGGGAAUUCAACGUUGGCCAGUAUCGCCGGGACUUGGUCAAGACAUACAAAUCUUUUGAGUUUUUCCUCCCAGACAAUGAAGAAGGCCUGAAAAUCAGGAAGCAGUGUGCACUGGCGGCCCUCCGUGACGUCCGGAAGUUUCUCAGUGAGGAGGGCGGACAUGUGGCGGUUUUUGAUGCAACAAAUACCACUCGGGAACGGAGAGCGAUGAUCUUAAACUUUGGGGAACAGAAUGGCUACAAGACCUUCUUUGUUGAAUCUAUCUGUGUGGAUCCUGAAGUCAUAGCUGCCAACAUUGUGCAAGUGAAGCUGGGCAGCCCCGACUAUGUCAACCGGGACAGCGACGAGGCCACUGAGGACUUCAUGAGGCGCAUUGAAUGCUAUGAAAACUCGUAUGAGUCACUGGAUGAGGAGCAGGACAGGGACCUGUCCUACAUCAAGAUCAUGGACGUGGGGCAGAGCUACGUGGUGAACCGAGUGGCCGACCACAUCCAGAGCCGCAUCGUCUAUUACCUCAUGAACAUCCACGUGACGCCCCGCUCCAUCUACCUCUGCCGGCACGGGGAGAGUGAGCUCAACCUCAAGGGCCGGAUCGGCGGCGACCCCGGACUGUCUCCCCGGGGCAGGGAGUUCGCCAAGCAUCUGGCUCAGUUUAUCAGUGACCAGAACAUCCGGGAUCUGAAGAUCUGGACGAGCCAGAUGAAGAGGACGAUCCAGACAGCGGAGGCGCUGAGUGUGCCCUACGAGCAGUGGAAGGUCCUCAACGAGAUUGAUGCGGAACUAGGACCAGGUUCUGAGGACCAGGAUCCUGGUGGAGACAAAAGGGACAGGUAG